AUGCAUGAUGAUGUUAUAAGAGAAGACUUUGAUGGUGGUGGUGGUGGUGGUGGAGAUGAAGGUUGUGACGAUGGAGAAGAAUAUGGUGGAGAGGAUGAUGAUGGUGAAGACAACAACGAAGAAGAAGAGGACUUCCUAGAAGAUAUGCCACCACUCAGCCAGCCGCCGCUAGGGGCUCCCGCCGCCGCUGUUGCUAGGUGCUCCUGCCGCCGCCACCACCAGUGGCCGUCGCCCACCCGCAGCCACGAGCGCCCGAUGCCGCGGACGCCUGCUGCCGAGUGCGGCCGCCGCCGCCGCCGGCGCACGCUGCCGCCACCGCCUGUUGCCUCCACCGCCCGUGCUCCAUCCGCCGUCGAUCCUUGCGCGCCCAGUGACAAGCACUGGCGUGGAUCGGGAAGGGCGCAACCUCCAGCCCAAAGACCCGGCCGCCAGGGACCAGGCCGAUGGCCAGGGGCUCCCCUUCCCCUUCGGCUGCUGCUUCAGGCAGAAGGAGGGGCGCGCCCCUCCGGAGAGGAAGAGGCGCCACCACCUGCGUUCGUGCCAGGGAUUGCGUGCCCAUUCUCCAGUGCCCGGACACGGCCGUUCACGCGGGGGCUUGCCUGCGCGCGCGCGGACGGGCCGUGCGGCACCGAGAUCCAGGUACGGCGGAUGGUGGGACUCCCGGCCGCGUCGGCGAUGUUGACGGCCAGGGGUGUGGACGGCGGAGGUGGAGGCGGUGCAGCGAGAGCGGGGUCGUGGAUCUCGCCGGCGUCCCUGGAGAAGAGGUGA